GAGGCUCAGCCGCUCGCGGGGAGAGCGCGUCGCGGGGAGUCGGCGCCAAGGGGACGCGGGAAGGCGCCACAACCGCCGCCGCUGGCCAAGGUGCUGGACACCGCAGGCCCAUCGGCCGCUACGCCCGGUCAGGCCCCUUCUGCUGCAGCCGCUGCUGCCUCGCUUCCAGCCAGGUCCCCAUGGAAGAGAUGGAAGAAGAGUUAAAAUGCCCUGUGUGCGGCUCCUUCUAUCGGGAGCCCAUCAUCUUGCCCUGCUCUCACAAUUUAUGUCAGGCGUGCGCCCGCAACAUCCUGGUGCAGACCCCGGAGUCCGAGUCCCCCCAGAGCCGUCGGGCCUCGGGCUCUGGGGUCUCCGACUAUGACUAUCUGGACCUGGACAAGAUGAGUCUGUACAGCGAGGCGGACAGCGGCUAUGGCUCCUACGGAGGUUUCGCCAGCGCCCCCACUACCCCGUGCCAGAAGUCACCCAACGGCGUCCGCGUUUUUCCCCCUGCUAUGCCGCCACCGCCCACCCACCUGUCACCGGCUUUGGCCCCGGUGCCCCGCAACUCCUGCAUCACCUGUCCCCAGUGCCACCGCAGCCUCAUCUUGGAUGACAGGGGGCUCCGUGGCUUCCCCAAGAACCGUGUCCUGGAAGGGGUCAUUGACCGCUACCAACAGAGCAAAGCCGCGGCUCUCAAGUGCCAGCUCUGCGAGAAGGCGCCCAAGGAAGCCACCGUCAUGUGCGAACAGUGCGAUGUUUUCUACUGCGACCCUUGCCGCCUGCGCUGCCACCCGCCGCGGGGGCCCCUAGCCAAACACCGUUUGGUGCCCCCAGCCCAAGGCCGGGUAAGCCGGCGCCUGAGCCCGCGCAAGGUCUCCACCUGCACAGACCAUGAGCUGGAGAAUCACAGCAUGUACUGCGUGCAGUGCAAGAUGCCCGUGUGCUACCAGUGCCUGGAGGAGGGAAAACACUCCAGCCACGAAGUCAAGGCUUUGGGGGCCAUGUGGAAAUUGCACAAGAGCCAGCUAUCCCAGGCGCUGAACGGAUUGUCAGACAGGGCCAAAGAAGCCAAGGAGUUCCUGGUGCAACUCCGCACCAUGGUGCAACAGAUCCAGGAAAACAGUGUGGAGUUUGAGGCCUGCCUGGUGGCCCAGUGCGACGCUCUCAUUGAUGCCCUAAACCGAAGGAAGGCUCAGCUGUUGGCCCGGGUCAACAAGGAGCAUGAACACAAGCUGAAGGUGGUUCGGGACCAGAUCUCGCACUGCACGGUGAAGCUGCGCCAGACCACGGGCCUCAUGGAGUACUGCUUGGAAGUGAUUAAGGAGAACGAUCCCAGCGGCUUUCUGCAGAUUUCAGACGCCCUCAUCAGGCGAGUCCACUUGACUGAGGACCAGUGGGGGAAAGGCACGCUCACCCCCAGGAUGACCACGGACUUUGACUUGAGCCUGGACAACAGCCCCCUGCUGCAAUCCAUUCACCAGCUGGACUUUGUGCAAGUGAAAGCUUCCUCUCCAGUCCCCGCGACCCCCAUCCUACAGCUGGAGGAGUGCUGCACCCAUAACAACAGCGCUACACUGUCCUGGAAACAGCCCCCGCUGUCCACUGUGGCCGCCGAAGGAUACAUUCUGGAGCUGGAUGAUGGCAGUGGUGGUCAGUUCCGGGAAGUGUAUGUUGGAAAAGAAACCAUGUGCACCGUGGAUGGCCUUCACUUCAACAGCACGUACAAUGCUCGUGUCAAGGCCUUCAACAAAACAGGAGUCAGCCCCUACAGCAAGACACUGGUCCUCCAGACGUCUGAGGCAGCGGGAGCACAUGAGACUAAACCUAUGAAGGACACAGAUUCAGAAGAACAGACCCUCCCUUUUCCAGUGCCUUCGGAAAGAUUGCCGCUCCGUAGAAUGAGUCCCUUCUCCUCCACCCUUAAUCUACAACCCAGCUUCCCCGGGAGAUCCUACUUUGAUUUCCGAUCCUCACCCCACCAGCUGAGCUUGCACUCCUCUUUGCAGUCUCUCAAUGCACCCGGAUGCAAUUUUGAGACACAGUCUGCAUCUUACUCUCAAUUAGUUGACAUUAAAAAGCUGCUGGCAGUGGCUUGGUUUGCUUUUGACCCGGGCUCGGCACACUCGGACAUCAUCUUCUCCAAUGACAACCUGACGGUGACGUGCAGUAGCUACGACGACCGGGUGGUGUUGGGGAAAACGGGCUUCUCCAAGGGCGUCCACUACUGGGAGCUAACCAUAGAUCGCUAUGACAACCACCCCGACCCAGCGUUCGGCGUGGCUCGCAUCGACGUCAUGAAGGAUGUGAUGUUGGGGAAGGACGACAAAGCGUGGGCAAUGUAUGUGGACAAUAACCGGAGCUGGUUCAUGCACAACAACUCGCACACCAACAGAACCGAAGGGGGGAUCACAAAAGGGGCCACUAUCGGGGUCCUCCUCGACUUAAACAGAAAGACGUUAACAUUUUUCAUCAACAAUGAGCAGCAAGGUCCCAUCGCCUUUGAGAACGUGGAGGGCCUCUUCUUUCCUGCUGUCAGCCUGAACAGGAAUGUGCAGGUCACGCUCCACACUGGGCUUCCGGUCCCCGACUUCUACUCCAGCAGAGCUUCCAUAGCCUAAGAGUGUGCUAUGGAGGCACUAGCUGUCCCUGAGAGGGGCAGCAUGGAGCCACCGGCCUCGGCAGAUGCAGAGCUGGUAGAAGAGACGGAGGAGAACAGUCGGUCCUCUACCAUCUUCGCCCCUUCAGCUCCACCCUUUCCCAUGAGCCUCUCUGCCUCACUCACCUGAGCACCUUCCCUCCUCCAGACGUUCUAACCCACAGAGGACCUCAGCAGCCUACCUUUCCCUUCGUGUCCACUUUCACUUGUUGCUUUCCUUUCAUUUGGGGUUUGUUUUUGUUGGUUUGUUUUUAAAUGCAGACCAAGUUUGUUUUGUUUCUUUUCUGAUCAUGUUUUGCUGACCUGCCUACCUAACUGGCACCGCCAAGAGAAAAUUCUCCUAGAAACUUUUCCCUUAAGCUUUUGCUCACACAAAGAUGUUGCAGGAGAGCAGGUAGGGAAGAAGUCAAAUUCAGAGUUUGCCAUUUGACUCCUAGAAUGUUCUCACCCUAUUUCUUGUCAAGCAACGUCAGCUCUUCAAGGCUAUUGCUCGGGAGGUGGGCAGAGUGCACCUGGCACCCACAAGUCGGAACCACACCCUGAAGCACAGAUGUUUCAGUGACUCAGCAGGGUGAGGACUGUUCAGAUGUGCUCUAGACACGGGGCAGGCCAGGGGACUCGAUUUGAUUCGCUUAGUUAAUACAAGUUUUUAAUUAAGAAUACCAUGGACCAGGCACUGUUCCAGACUCUAGAAUUCUGUAUUCUAGACACUGGGGAGGGACCAGGGAAAAGGUGAUCAGUCUAUCUUCCUGGAAUGUAUAUUCUGGAAGGAGAACAAAGCAAAUAACUUCAAGUUGUUCUAAGUACCAAAGGAAAGAGUCAAGAAUCAAAGAAAGUGUCAUGGACAAAUCCUUAGAUUGAUGCUGACCCCACGCACUCCGGCCAUCACACCAGACAUGUACCAACCCAGUGCUUUUCCCACCGCACUAUCUGAAUUACAGCCCUUGCUGCCACUCAUCACAGAGCCCUUCUUUGGUGGAAAUGACGUCAGCAUUGUUACUCAUUAAUGCUGCGAUCAUAAUAAGCCUUAAAAAAAAAAAAAAAAGAAUGCUAAAAACAAAAUGACCAGAGGGCACAGGACCCAGUCACAGUACUGGGGCUCCUACGUUGCAGGCCACAACAUUUACAUUC